AAACCACAGGACUGAGAAAGUAACACCCACUGGACAGUUGCAGUAAUGAGAGUCAUUGGCUGAAUCUGCUCUUCCUCCACUAGACUUUACAGAGACUCAACUAAAGUGAUAAUACUCAGUCUUAUACAAUGCCCAUGUGGACUGUCAUCUUGUUUUUCAUCUGUGUCCAUGAUGCUAAGACAGAUGAAAUGAUUUCAGUAUCAGUGAUGGAGGGAGAUUCUAUCACUCUGAACUCUGGUGUUACUGAAACACUUAGAUCUGAUUAUAUUCUGUGGUGUUUUGGACCUUCAGACACUCGUAUUGCUGACAUUAAUGAUCAGGUCAUCACUAUAUAUGACCAAAGUACGAGAUUCAAAGACAAACUGCAGCUUGACAGUCAAACGGGAUCUCUCACCAUAAAGAACAUCAGAACCACAAACUCUGGACUUUAUAAACUAACUGUUCUCAGCCAACGAGGGGUUUCACACAAAACAUUCACAGUUACUGUAUUUGCACCCGUUUCAACACCUGUCCUUCAGACAAUCCCACAAGUUAGCCAUCAUCCAGCACCUGUUUCAACACCUGUCCUUCAGAAAAUCCCACAAGUUAGCCAUGAUCCAGCUCCUCUGCCCAUUCCUGUCAUCACCAGUGAUUCUUCACAGUGUUCAUCAUCAUCAUCAUCAUCAUCAGAGUCCAGAUGUUCACUGGUGUGUUCAGUGUUGAAUGUGAGUCAUGUGACUCUCUCCUGGUACGCAGGAAUCAGUGUAUUGUCCAGCAUCAGUGUGUCUGAUCUCAACAUCAGUCUCUCUCUACCUCUGGAUGUGGAAUAUCAGGAUAACAACACUUACAGCUGUGUGAUCAACAAUCGCAUCACACACCUGACCACACUUCUGGAUAUCAGUAAACUCUGUCACACAUGUGCGG